AUGGUGGAGAAGCUGUGCACAAAUUAUGGCCCACUCAUAGGCCACGUAGGCUCGCAAGCCUUUCACGACUUCCCUCCAGCAUCGGCGUUGACUGACCCGAAAGUCGAACAACAAUUAAGACAGCUAGGAUUUGGAUACCGAGCCAAGUACCUGUACCAGACAGCGGUCAUGAUAACGGAAAAGGAAGACGGCUGGCUGGACAGUCUCAGAAAUCCCGAGAGUCCGGUGCUGGGUGCAGAAGCCAAAGCGGCCGGAGAAUUCGUCGAGAGUGGCCGCGAGGGCUACAGGUCGGCACAUGAGCAGCUGCUUGCUCUUCAGGGUGUGGGGCCAAAGGUGGCCGAUUGCGUCUGUCUUAUGGGUCUCGGGUGGGGAGAGGCUGUGCCGGUUGAUACUCAUGUGUGGCAGAUCGCGCAGCGUGACUACCGUUUUGGGAAAGGCAAGCACAGCAGUCUGACCAAGGCGACCUAUGACGCAGUUGCAAAUAAAUUCCGCAGCCUUUGGGGUAAAGAAGCGGGUUGGGCCCACUCGGUGUUGUUCACGGCUGAUCUGAAAGCUUUCUCGGAACGCCUUGUGGCAAAGGUUGAGACGAAGGAUGAGAAGGUGGCGAUCAAAUCCGAGCCAGAAGGACCGGCUGUCGAGCAGACGACGGUGGAGAAGAAAGCGGUCAGCAAAAGGGUGAAGAGGGAGCCCGAAGAGGAGCACUCUGUUCUCGAAGUGAAGGAGAAAGAAACUAAGAGAGUCAGAAGAACGACAAGGAGCUCACGGGAGUAUUGA